GUGAAUAUGCAAUUAAUGGAACUUCCUUUCGUCCUUCUCCCAAUCAGCUAAACCCCGCGUAAAAACUCCCUAAAACCCUAAUCACAGUGCUUCACAGAGCAGGAAUUUUUGCCCAAAUUUCACCGGAAAAUGCAAGUGAAUCGCCGGAUUAUCCAAGCCCUAACCGGAAUUACGAAUCGAUUUUACCAUUCCGACAAGCCGAAGAAAGUGUCACUCUAUUCUAAAAUAAGUCCACUGGGAAACCCUAGCUGUAGUGUAACCAAUGAGCUAGAUGAGUGGGUUUGCAAGGGCAAUAAAAUCCGAUUCGCGGAGAUUCAACGCAUCAUUCUUGAUCUUCGUAAACGCAAACGCUUCAGUCAGGCCCUGGAGGCUUCCGAGUGGUUGAAGAGUUCUGGUAUUUUCACUUUUUCAUCAACUGAACAUGCGGUACAACUGGAUCUGAUUGGUAGGGUUCAUGGGUUUCCUGAUGCUGAAAGCUACUUCAACAACUUGAGCAAAGAAGAUAAGAAUGAUAAGACAUAUGGUGCUCUUCUACAUUGUUAUGUUCGCCAGUGCCAAAUGGAUAAGGCAUUGACACAUCUGCGGAAGAUGGAGGAGGAGGGUGUCUCUCUAUCUUCUGUGGCCUUCAACGAUAUAAUGUCACUGUACACGAGAACUGGUGAGUAUGAAAGGAUCCCUGAAAUGCUGCACCAUAUGAAGGAAAUUGGGGUCCAACCUGACAAUUUAAGUUACAGAAUCUGUAUCAAUUCGUAUGGAGCAAGAUCAGAUAUUGAGGGGAUGGAGAGGGUCUUAAAUGAAAUGGAGAAUCAAUCCUUCAUUGUCAUGGACUGGAACACCUAUGCUGCUGUGGCAAAUACAUAUGUUAAAGAAGGCCUAAAUGAUAAAGCAAACAGUUUCCUCAAGAAAGCGGAGGAGAAGAUCGAUAAUAAAGAAGGGAUCGGGUAUAACUACCUCAUCUCUGUACAUUCUAAACUAGGAAACAAAGAUGAAGUCAUAAGAUUAUGGUUUCUCGAGAAGAGUGCUCUAAAGAGGUGCAUAAAUCGGGAUUAUAUAAAUAUGUUAGAAGCUCUUGUGAGACUUGAUUCACUUGAAGAAGCGGAGCAGUUGCUCAAAGAGUGGGAGACAUCUGGUAACUGUUAUGAUAUCAGAGUGCCAUACAUAGUCAUUAUAGGGUAUACGGAUAAACAGCUAUAUGAAAAGGCAGAGACCAUGCUUGAAGAUAUAUCUACAAAAGGGAAGAUACUAACACCAAAUAUUUGGGGGAGGCUGGCGGCAGGCUACGUAGAUAAAGAUAAGUUUGAGAGGGCUGUGAAAUGCAUGAAAGUUGCUCUUUCCUUGAAGAAGGAUAGAAAAGGAUGGAAGCCUGACCCUAAGGUCAUCAUGAGAAUACUCAGUUUGUUUGCGGAGAAUGGCAAUGUGAAUGACGCUGAAUCAUUUUUUCAUUCACUGAGGCCCAUUGUUGCUGUAAACAGAGAGACGUAUCAUGCCUUACUAAAAUCAUAUAUAGCAGGUGGUAAAGAAGUUGAAAGCCUUCUAAACAAUAUGAGAGAUGAUAACAUUGACGAAAAUGAAGAAACAAAAGUGAUACUUGGAAUAAACCAAUGAGGUUCGAAAAGUUACAUAUUCUGUAGGAAUUUCUUCGAUUGUCAAUUCUAGAUAACUGUUUAGUCUAGUGAUGGACAUGUGUUUGUCCAGGCUUGCCAUGUUCAUAACAGUUUAUGCGAUCCUUUGUUUUUCCUCCUUCCAUAGUUCUUGGUUUGUUUUCUUCUCCUCAUAAUGUUGUCCAUUCCCUUGAAAAUCA